UGAACGGGGCUAUAUCUGUGACACACUCCUCUCGUUGCAUCUUUCUUACGCGCCAUACCUCUCUCCAUCUCUCCCCUCUUUCUCUCACUUGCUCGCUUGCUCUCUUCUCCUCUCUCAUCUCCUGUCCUCUCUCCUCUUUUUGCCUUGUGCUCAGGCUCUCUCAUUCUCUAAUUUAUUUAUAUUUUCUCUCUUUCAAUCUGCCUUAUCCAUUCUCUGCAUCAUCCAUUCUCUUUCCUUCUCCCUUUCCCCCUCUCUCUUUCUCUCUCUCUUUCUCUCUCUCUCUCGUCCACUCUCUCUCGUCCUCUCUCGCUCUCUCUCUCUCGUCUUGGAGACAGUGCUGUGCUGCUCCCUGUCACUCUGCUCAGUUUACGGGCUCUGCUCUGCUCUCCCGUGCUGUGCUGCUCUCCUCUCCUUUCCUCCUCUCCUUUUUGCUGCUCUCUUCUCUCCUCUUUCUCCAUAUCCUUUUCUUUGUUUUUUACUCUGUUCUGGAACGUAUGCUCCGGGUGGACUGGCAGACUGGGAUACUGGGAUACCACAGGUGGAGAGAGGGCUGGAUGCUCCAGGCAUUCAGAACUCGGCCAUCGGACCCUUUGGAUCUGUGGGGAGGGGAGGGAGGGGUGGGGGAGAGGGAGAGUGGAAGGAGGGCACCCAGGUGAAGGAAGGGCUGAGCUGCCGGGGGACCAAGACGAAGGUGGUGGUCUGGUGUUAGGGGUCAUGCUCUGCCGGGAUCUGAGUUGUUCUAUUUGGCCGGAGACUCUGCUGCUUUGCCCCCUCCAAAGGGCUCUUUUCUUGGAAAAGCCGGGCGGGAGGAGCGGGAACCAUGAACCAGCAGCUGGAUGCUCCGCGGCCAAUCAACUGGACCAUUAGGAAACUGUGCGCUGCAGCCUUCCUACCAUCUGUACGCCUGCUCAAGGCACAGAAAUCGUGGAUCGAGAGAGCCUUCAACAAGAGAGAAUGUGUUCAUAUCAUAGUGAGUGCCAAAGACCCCCAUAGGUGCUGCUGUGGCCGUCUGAUUGGUCAGCACGUUGGCCUGCCCCCCGGCAUCUCCUCCAGUCAGAAUGACAAGACGGAGCGUCUGGCUAAGAAUGACAGCCUAUCAGAGAAAUGGUCAAUCAGCAAACACACCCAGCUCAGCCCCACCGACGCCUUCGGAACCAUUGAGUUCCAGGGAGGGGGCCACUCCAACAAAGCCAUGUAUGUGCGUGUGUCCUACGACACCAAGCCAGACCUCCUGCUGCACCUGAUGACCAAGGAGUGGCAGCUGGACCUUCCCAAGCUGCUCAUCUCGGUGCAUGGGGGCCUGCAGAACUUUGAGUUGCAGCCCAAACUCAAACAGGUCUUUGGCAAGGGCCUCAUCAAGGCUGCAAUGACAACCGGAGCCUGGAUCUUCACCGGCGGGGUCAACACAGGGGUGAUCCGGCAUGUGGGUGAUGCGCUAAAGGACCAUGCCUCUAAAUCUCGGGGGAAGAUCUGCACUAUUGGCAUUGCCCCCUGGGGCAUCGUGGAGAACCAGGAGGACCUGGUGGGAAAAGACGUGGUCCGACCAUACCAGACCAUGUCCAACCCAUUGAGCAAGCUGACCGUGCUCAACAGCCUGCACUCCCACUUCAUCCUGGCCGAUAAUGGGACCACAGGGAAGUACGGUGCUGAGGUCAAACUCCGCAGACAGCUGGAGAAACACAUCUCCCUGCAGAAGAUCAACACACGUAUUGGUCAGGGAGUGCCGGUGGUGGCUCUGAUAGUGGAGGGGGGUCCUAAUGUGAUAUCCAUCGUGUUGGAGUACCUGAGGGACACUCCGCCUGUCCCCGUGGUGGUGUGUGACGGGAGCGGGCGUGCCUCAGACAUCCUGGCAUUUGGACACAAGUACUCCGAGGAGGGAGGGAUCAUCAAUGAGACUCUGAGGGACCAGUUGCUGGUGACCAUCCAGAAGACAUUCACAUACAGCCGGACCCAAGCCCAACACCUCUUCAUCAUCCUCAUGGAAUGCAUGAAGAAGAAGGAGUUGAUAACAGUUUUUCGGAUGGGGUCUGAGGGACACCAGGACAUUGACUUGGCCAUUCUCACUGCUCUGCUUAAAGGAGCCAACGCAUCGGCUCCUGACCAGCUCAGUCUGGCCCUGGCCUGGAACCGAGUGGACAUCGCCCGCAGUCAGAUCUUCAUCUACGGACAACAGUGGCCUGUGGGUUCUCUGGAGCAGUCUAUGCUGGAUGCCCUGGUGCUGGACAGAGUGGACUUCGUCAAGCUGCUGAUCGAGAACGGAGUGAGCAUGCAUCGCUUCCUCACCCUCUCCAGACUGGAGGAGCUCUACAACACGAGGCAUGGACCAUCCAACACUCUAUACCACCUGGUCAGAGACGUCAAAAAGGGUAACCUCCCACCAGAUUACCGCAUUAGUCUCAUUGACAUUGGAUUGGUCAUCGAGUACUUGAUGGGCGGAGCUUACCGAUGCAACUACACCAGGAAGAGGUUUAGAACGCUGUAUCAUAACCUCUUUGGACCCAAACGACCCAAAGCCCUGAAACUGCUGGGGAUGGAGGAUGACAUGCCGAUCCGAAGGGGUCGUCAGAAGACUACACGGAAGCGGGAGGAGGAGGUGGACAUUGACCUGGACGACCCUGAGAUAAACCACUUCCACUUCCCCUUCCAUGAGUUGAUGGUGUGGGCAGUGCUGAUGAAGAGACAGAAGAUGGCACUGUUCUUCUGGCAGCACGGGGAGGAGGCCAUGGCUAAAGCCCUGGUGGCCUGUAAGCUGUGUAAGGCCAUGGCCCACGAGGCCUCCGAGAACGACAUGGUGGACGACAUCUCACAGGAGCUCAACCACAACUCCAGUGAGUUUGGCCAGCUAGCCGUUGAGCUGCUGGACCAGUCUUACAAGCAGGAUGAGCAGAUGGCCAUGAAGCUGCUAACCUACGAGCUGAAGAACUGGAGUAACGCCACCUGCCUUCAGCUGGCUGUGGCUGCCAAGCACCGCGACUUCAUCGCCCACACUUGUAGCCAGAUGCUGCUCACCGACAUGUGGAUGGGACGGCUGCGCAUGCGCAAGAACUCUGGGCUUAAGGUGAUCUUGGGCCUGCUGCUGCCUCCGUCCAUCUUGAGUUUGGAGUUUAAGAACAAGGAUGAGAUGUCAUACAUGCCUCAGGACCAGGACACCUACCUGCAGGAGAAGGAGGAGGAGCCUGAGAAGCCUGCCAAUGAGAAGGAAGAAGAGGACAUGGAGUUCACAGUAAGAUCCUACUGUGAGACGCAGUACAACUCCGUGGCCAUGCUGGGUAAGGUAAGCACGGAGGCGUCUCGUAAGAAGGGCGUGGGGGAGGUCCAGAAUAGACACCGUCUCAUUCCCAUGGGCCGGAAGAUCUACGAGUUUUACAACGCCCCCAUCGUCAAGUUCUGGUUUCACACAAUGGCCUAUGUGGCGUACCUGAUGCUGUUCAACUAUAUUGUGCUGGUGAAGAUGGACCUGUGGCCCUCACCGCAGGAGUGGAUAGUCAUCGCUUACAUCUUCACCAAUGGAAUCGAGAAGAUGAGAGAGAUUCUGAUGUCAGAGCCGGGGAAGCUGUUGCAGAAGGUAAAGGUGUGGCUCCAGGAGUACUGGAACAUCACCGACCUCAUGGCCAUCCUCAUCUUCUCUGUGGGCAUGGUGCUCCGCCUCCAGGAGCCGCCCCUCAUGAGUUACGGCCGGGUCAUCUACUGUGUCAACAUCAUCUAUUGGUACAUCCGGCUGCUCGACAUCUUUGGCGUCAACAAAUACCUGGGCCCCUAUGUCAUGAUGAUCGGCAAGAUGAUGAUUGACAUGAUGUACUUUGUGAUCAUCAUGCUGGUAGUGUUGAUGAGUUUCGGAGUGGCCAGGCAGGCCAUCCUGAAUCCCAAUGAGGACCCGUCCUGGAUGCUGGCUCGGAACAUCUUCUUCAUGCCUUACUGGAUGAUCUAUGGAGAGGUGUUCGCUGAUCAGAUUGACCAUGUGCAUAGUAGGAAGCUAAAGCACAGGCUGAAUUCAAAACUCUGGAUGAUCGAAAAUCAGUUUCGAGCUCAUGGAACCUGGCGUAAUAAUGCUCCAUGUGGCCAGAAUAUCACCACAGAGGACGGGCAUGUUGUGGCUCUGCCGCCCUGUAAGACGGGAGCCUGGAUCGUUCCUGCCAUCAUGGCCUGCUACCUUCUGGUGGCCAACAUCCUGCUGGUCAACCUGCUCAUCGCUGUCUUCAACAACACCUUCUUUGAGGUGAAGUCCAUCUCCAACCAGGUGUGGAAGUUCCAGAGGUACCAGCUCAUCAUGACCUUCUACGAGCGGCCCAUCCUCCCCCCUCCCCUCAUCAUCUUCAGUCACAUGACCAUGGUCCUCAAGCACCUGUGCUGUCGCUGGCGGAAGCACGACGAUGACGAGAGAGACUAUGGCCUGAAGCUCUUCAUCACUGAAGACGAGCUGAAGAAAGUGCAUGACUUUGAGGAGCAGUGCAUCGAGGAGUACUUCCGCGAGAAGGAUGACCGCUUCAACUCUUCAAAUGAUGAGAGGAUCCGAGUGACAUCAGAGAGAGUGGAGAACAUGGCCAUGCGCCUGGAGGAGGUGAAUGAGAGAGAACACUUCAUGAAGUCAUCUCUGCAGACCGUGGACAUACGGCUGGCCCAAAUGGAGGAGCUGAUUGGUCGGAUCGCUGUGGCUCUUGAGCGAGUCACGGGAGUGGAGCGGGGCGAGGUCAACAAGGCCCGCUCACGAACCUCCUCGGACUGCACAGACUCGGCCUACAUGCUGCGUCAGGGUGAGUGCCCAGAUGCGGCUUACAUCCUGCGCCAGAGCAGCUUCAACAGCCAAGAGGGAAACUCCUACCGGCUCAAUGAGGGUGCAGAGGGCUCCAUGUCUCCGCCCUCCCCCACCGGCCUGGCCACGCGCACACGCAGUCACUCCUUCUACGUGGGCGGAGGUCGUGAGCGAGCUGGGGCCGACAGGGCCGAAAGGGCCGACCGUUUCCUCAAGGAGCGCUCCUUCAGCCUGCACCGAGCCAAUAGCUCUCAGUCGGUGGCCUCGGGUACUGCCCCCAAGGAGUCUAAGCCCCUCCCACUGGCCACGCUGUCCAUCUCCCAGCAGCACCGCCCCUCUUCCUGCAUUGACAUCUAUGUGUCGGCAUCCGAGGAGGCGGGGCCAGCCGAGGUCUUCUCGGACCCGCUGAGGAUGGCCCCUCCCCUCCGGCACGACUCUUCGCUCCACUCUGAGAUUAUGGAGGCGGUGCUGUCAAGCGGGAGGGACUACAGCGGAGGCAGCGGUUUGGGUGACAAACACUCGGAGGGUGGUGCCAUGUUCGAGGACAGCGCGGCUGCAGACCUGUCGCUAUGCUCCGCCCACCUUCUCCCAGAUAACACCAUGCCGACCUGGGACCUGGACUCCUCCCCGCCCCCGUCAGCGGGACCAUUGGAGCGCUCCAAGAGCAGCCGCUACCUGUCCACUGGCGGCAGGGGCUACCUAGAAGAGACUCAGCUGGUCAAAUCUCACAGCCUCAUGUUUACACCGCGAGGCUGCUACGGAGGCCUAGGGGCAGGGGUUCAGGUCAAAGCGGCUGAGUACACCAGCAUCACCGACUGCAUAGACACCAGGUGUGUCUCCGCCCCUUACUCCACCGCAGAGCGCUCCCACUCCCCCGGGGGCUCCACCUCAUUCCCCUUCAAUAAGCCCCCCGACUUGGGCUCCUCCCACCCAGAGCGCGAGGCCGAGCUCAGCCACACAGAGUCAGACCCUGAAGACCCAGAGGACCUGGCCCCGGCCCCUGAGCCCCAUCGCAUGGGGAGGGGCUUAAGAGGGGCGAGUGGGACCCCAUUCUGCUCGCCCUUCUCCAGGCUGGAACGAGCCAACAGCUGCUCCUCAGACGACUCCUCCCACCCAUCAUUGGCCCCUCCUUCACACAGAAAAAGCCUGUCGGUCAGUGAGAGGAUGGAGAGGGGUGCAGACCGUGGGGUUCUGGGGGGACCCAGGAACCCCUUUCUGAGGAGCAAGUCUGGGGCGCGGCCCGACACCAAGACAGACAGCCUCUCCAUGAGAAAGCUGACCACCCCCUCUGCGUUCAGCAGCUUCGACAGUAGACACAACUACACGUGACAAUGAUGAAGAAAACAGAACAGGGACAGGGCACACUCUGUUAUACAGGACCAUAGGGCCAGCCAGGGGUAAAGGCAAGGGUCAUGGGGAGGGCUCCUACCAGUGUAAAACAAAGUGCUAUGAAGCUAGGGUAGUUCUUACCUCCUCUUGAAGCUGACACUUGUUGUAUGUUUGGUGAUGGAGGGUAUGUGCUGUGUCUGUCUACCAUCUUUUUAGUCAAGUCAACACAUUGUUACUGUAAUGCAUCACGUCACAGAACACUAGUGUAGCCCAAAUAGAAAGUAUAAAAAUGAAAUCUCUGAUAGGACAGUUUAGUCAGUCUUUAGAAAAUAAUAAACUUGGCCACCUGACAAUAUAAGACUGGAGGUCAGAAUUGUCACCUCAACCCAUAUUUCCUCAGGUUCUCUAGUUUCCUCUUUGCCCUUAAACUGCCCAUACUCAUGGAUAUGACUCUAUACUUCUGUCUUUCCACCACUGAAAUAGCAGUCUUUCCACCACUGAAGUAGCAUUCAGUCUUUUCACCACAGACAUAGCACUGCAUGCUACAACAGUAGCAGCAGUAGUAACCUUAUCCCCAGUGUAAUUGUACAUAUUGCAUAUAAGUCUGAAACACCACCGACUCAAAUCUGGCCUAUGUGGUAGUAAAAAAAUUAAAACUACAAAAACAUUUUUGAUCUUAGCGAAUCACACGACUGGGCGUUGUGUCUCCGAAUCAAAAAACUUGUGCGACGCUAGCAAGACGGAGGUGGGAAGUGCUCAGAGGGAGGUGAUUGAUUACAAAUAAAGCCAAUGGCUAUGGAUUAGGACUUUUUCCUGAUCUUUCUGUUGGGAUAAUGAAGGCCACGUUUGAAGCUUUGGUCCACCAGACUGUCCAAGCAUGCAUAAGUGACAUAAGCGGUCACUUCCGGGGGCCCCCGACCACCCAACAAAACUCAGUCUGGGAACUCAGUCUGGGUCUCAACUUACUGUUGAGAGAUAGAAUAGAAGAAUACACAAGGUGCAAGUUCGAAAUUUGGUUGUGCAUCAGCAGUUUUUUUUUCUUGUUUUGUCAUUCACUGACAGUCGCUCAAUUAGCCAUGUCAGCUAACAAUUUUUAGAUUGAUAAGUUAGUCUAGCCAGUUAUCUAAACAGGCACGUGCCCAGGGGCCCUGACCUCCAGAGGGCCCUCAUUGAUUUUGUUAGUCACGCUCACUCAGAUAUCAUUAACAUUACAUAAAUCAUGGCAAAAUGGGUAGAAUUGCAGGAAAUUAGCUUUAAAUUGCAAAACCUUCUCUCUGCCCCAUUGCAAAAUGAGUAGAAUUGUAUGAAAUAUGUUAUAAAAUUGCAACAUUUUAUCUCCGUCCCAUGGCAAAAUGUGUAGAACGGCAGAAAACAUACUUAUAACUGCAAAAAGUUAAUGCUGCCCCAUGGCAAAAUCAGUAGAAUGCAUGAAAUGUGUUAUAAAUGUGUUACAUUUUCUCUCCGCCCCAUGGCAAAAUUUGUAGAAAAUGAACUUUAAAAUUACUAAAAUUAUCUCCACCGUCAAGAGGAGGGCCACUAAACACUUUACAGCAGUAGUGACUAUAGUAAAACACAUGGACACCAGUCAGCUGGUGAUGACUUUAUCAAUGGAUAGAGACAAUGAGCAUUGUACAGGUUGAAUUUCUAGACAUAAUAGGGCUCUAUUAUGUAUAAUGCAUGUCCCUGGUUUAAAAUCCAUGCACAUUGACAGUCAAGUAACAUUGACUCAAUAGAUUUCAGGGGUCAAAAUCAGGGCAGUAAAAUCGAUUACCUACAGGGCCUGAGUAACAGGGAAGAUGGGGAAUUUGAUUAAUUGUAGACUCAUCAUGUGCCUACUUGUUGUCCCAUCCCCAGUCACCUGGGCUUAGUGUCAUUGUGGCCUACAGUGUAAAGGUAUGAACAAAGUGUUAACACAUACACAUAGUCAUACAUGCACUCUAAUGCCAGCAAGGUGUAUGGAAUGGCUGAAGGAAAGCCAAAAGAAUUCCUCUAAUGUAACAGAUUGUUUGAUAGGCCCAGCGUCAUCAUUAUUUCCCUUGGAUUAACUCUGCUCAGUGCAAAACUCAAAACUGGGCACAAGAGGGGGCUGUGACCCAGUUUAAGGAGUCCUUCAUCCCAAGCAGUAAACCAAUGUUGAAAUUAGAACACUUCAAGAUCAGCCUUUUCAGCAAGAAAACAUCAAGCAUGUCUGGUAAUGGCAUUGCCCAUUCCUUUCAUUCCUCUGGCAGCAGCAUUUUGCUGCUUGGGUCUGACACCUGCUAGUCUCGGGUAGCCAGACAUGCUAAACUACAAUCAUUGGAUCCAUACUUCCUACAUUGUUUGGACAUUCAUUCAUGAUUUAUUCUAUUCAAAUCGAAGCACCAGACUAACCAGAGUAAUUGUUUAGAACGGUCAUCUGAAAACAGCAGAGAAUAGUCUGCACAACAUGUAAGACUACAUAAUACUGUACAUUGUAUGUGUAGGCUAGAAGAGAAUGGUUAGAGAACUGAAUUCCACAAGAUGGAGUUAUUUGAAACAUUUGCAAAAGAGUCAGCUCUAUGAAUCAUAUGCAUUUUAAGAGACAUAGAGGCACCUUUCAAGUUGAUGUAAAUGGCAGAGAACCAUUUUUUUUUCAUCUCUUAAUUUAUUACAACUAAAAAUAUCUGACAGGAGUGGAAUACCUGUUACAACAUGUUUGUAAUAAUGGAACAUGAUGAGUAACAUUUACAUCACAGGUUCUCAAAUUAGUUAUUUUUUAUAUUUGAUCAUUAUUAAAUCACUUCAAUUUAAUUGCACUGCAAUUGUUUUGAUUGAUUAUUUUUGACUAUUGUGUUGCUUACAAUGAAUAAUUGAAUGGCUGUUUGAAAUACAAACUGACUAUUUAUAUCUUUUCAGUGCUAUUUUGUCUAAUUUAAAGUAUUUUGAAUUAUUACAAGGUUUUAACAUUAAUGAAAGGUGUCACCUAUAAGCACUAAAAACGUAUGUAUUAUAUGAUUCACUUAAUAUAUUAUGUGAUAAAUUACUAUAUUGUACAUCACAAUCAUAUUUAAAGUAUUUAAUAAUUUGCUAUAUUGUAUGUUCAUGAGCAGCUGUCAAAAAGAAAUACAAAUAUAUAUUUUUUAAUGUAGGUUGGAUAUUUCAAUGCAAUACUCCGCUGCAAGCAUUACCAAACUGAGGGUGUCUUUCAGGCCUGGAGUAACUAUUUGAAAUUCACAGUAACUUAAACAUCUACAUAUAUCUGCACAUUUCUUUUGUUAGUAAUUCUUCUCACAAAUCUACUUACCCAUGGUAUCCUUUUCCUGUAUUUCGCAACUAUUGGGAUAAUGCAUUUCUGAAGUGUUUACAGCAUUUUUUCUUACACUGGAGAAAGGCAUUGAUUUCAUGGCUAAGAACAUGCGUAAGAGCUAGGAGAGAGAACUAGGAGCUAGAACUAGGAGCUAGAACUAGGAGAGAUAACUACUUGAUGCCUUUUGAGGGGGAGGGCUAGCGGCGCUCUGUGUAUCUUCACUAUUGAUCUGAAUGUUUAAUUUUCCUUAUCAAUGUCCAAUACCAUUGCAGGGUGUUUUCACACAUUUCCUAAGCUGCUUCUUUGUCUUGUAAGGUUGUAGAUUCGCGAGUGACGCUCAGCAAAUGAAGGAAAUGUGUUGUAUGAGCUGAAAACCAAAAAAUAAGGAAUAUUUCAAUCUCUCUUGAGCAGACAGGCCUCCACUAAUCACUGUGCUUAUGCAUUCAACCCACAUUUUCAUGGGACUCCCAUAUCAGUUGUGUUCCAUGAAACCAAACCCUCCCAUCCAUUUUGUGGACACAGGAGUCAAAGUUAAAACCAACUAUGAGCUUUAAUACGAUCACAAAGUGUGAAGAAUAGUUUGCUGGGCUUGGAGUUUUGUUGAAAACUAGUGUAAGCACAUCCAACGUUCAGGUGCAGGGGUGCGUAAAGUAUAGUCCUGAAAAAGAAAGAAAUACCCGCACAAUGUUGGACACUCCGGAUGUUAGUUGUUGGUGGGGUUUUGUCUCACAAAACAUGGGAUAGAUCACUUUUUCCAAAUUUGUAGUCGAAAAAUAAGCUUUAAAAUAAGUUAACAAACUGUUUAAAAGAUGUCUGAACAUCUCAUUGAACACGCUCAUUGAAGGAACAUUAGGUGAGAAUAGAGGAGAGAUAAGGUGAUCGUUUGGUUACUCUUUGGCUUUUUGUCCAGGCACUGGUUUGGGUCCUGGGUCCUUUAACUAACCUCAGUGAAUAGGCUGUCAGCCCUCCAGGGGACAUAAGAGAUAUUUUUAUUUUCGUUAUGGAGAGGGACAUGCAAGGACAAACAUGUCCAUAGCACUUCUAACUCAUGUGUAAAUGCUCUGUAAAUGUUUUGUAUAUGUUGCUGUGGCUGUUGUACAAUAUAUCAAUAUAUAAAAUAAAAGGGAGGUCUAUGUAUGUCUGAGGACUCUGACACAGAAAUUACAGUAGCCUAAUACUGAGAAUUGUGCCAAUGUGAUCCAACAAAACCUAAUGUACAGUAUUUUUUAAAUAUUUUCCUAUACUGUAGCAUACAGCUUUGUGAAUCAUAGACUAUGGUUAUAAUUCAAAUAGGUUUUUAUUUCCCCUCAAUCUGUUGGUGAGUAGGCUACUCGUAUGCUAAAGAGGAGUCCAAGCACAUGUUUUCUGCAAUAAUGCUGAUAUUGUAGUUUUACUUGAGGGGACUUAUCUUCCAGCAGUCUCACUUCAUUUAGUGUCCUUUAAUGCAUGCAGUUCUUCCACUGAUGAUGUACCAAAAUACAUUCUGUGAAAUUGAUGAAAGAGAGAGAGUAAGAGAGAGAGAGAGAUUAUAAAUUGUGUCACAGUGGUGAGUAUUUGGAUGCAAAUGCAAAUCUGUAUUCUUCAGUAUGAAUAGGAUCAUGUCUGGCAUGCAUUAUUAAAUAAACACAUGAAUGCAUAA